AUGAAUAUAUUAACAGCCAAAACGGAGGAACAGUAUAAGCAGAAGUCGUCUAAGGGGGGACUGACAUCCAUCCUAACGUAUCUGUUUCUGAUAUUUAUUGCCUAUAGUGAGUUUGGGAGUUAUUUUGGAGGGUACCUUGAUCAGCAGUACAUCGUUGACUCUGAAUUGCGAGAAGAUGUAGAGCUGAACUUGGAUGUUUUUGUUCACAUGCCGUGCGAUUUUAUCCAUGUAAAUGUGAGAGACUCCACGUUUGACCGGAAGAUUGUUUCUGAGGAACUGAAGUUUGAAGACAUGCCCUUCUUUAUACCUUACGACACCAAAGUGAAUGAUAUUCCAGAGAUAAUUACUCCAGAAAUGGAUGAAAUUCUCGGUGAGGCUAUCCCAGCAAGUUUUAGAGAAAAGGUGGAUAUGAGACUGUACUACGACGAGAAUGACCCCGACACUCAUCACCAUCUGCCAGAAUUCAACGGCUGUCAUAUUUUUGGGUCUAUCCCUGUCAAUCGUGUUAGAGGUGAGUUCCAAAUCACUGCUAAGGGAUUAGGCUAUAGAGAUAUGAAUGCUGCCCCCAAGGAAAAGAUAAACUUUGCGCAUGUGAUAAACGAGUGGUCAUUUGGUGACUUUUAUCCAUAUAUCGAUAAUCCUUUGGACGCCACCGCGAAGUUUGAUAAAGAUGACCCUCUUACCGCCUUCGUGUACUAUCUUUCAGUGGUUCCCACCAUCUAUCAAAAGCUUGGUGCUGAAGUUGAUACCAACCAGUAUUCUGUCAGUGAGUACCGUUUCAAUAGUACUGAUAAGACUUUCAGAGACACUGGGUACGUUCCUGGCAUCUUUUUUAGAUAUAAUUUUGAAAGUUUGUCCAUUGUGAUGACCGAUAGGAGGUUGUCUUUUCUGCAGUUUAUUGUUAGACUUGUUGCCAUCAUGUCGUUUGCCGUAUACAUUGCUUCAUGGAUAUUCAUUUUAACAGAUACUCUAUUGGUAUAUUUUAUGGGACCAAAAUGGUCAUUGCGUUACCAGCCUGAAGUUCAAUCCCACGGUAUAUUAGAGGGCAAAAGAUAG